UCCUCGGCACUUGAUAUCAGGUAGGACUGGAUAGGAGGCCCUGCCAUGUCCUCGUUGGAAGCGUCGAGUGGAUAUACAGUAGAGUUACUGCUUGGACAUGUAUUAGUUGAACGACAGGAAUUAAGGCUGAGCCGAGUUUUGAACGACUUCUGCUCCUUCGGACAUCGAUCGCACCGCGUUCGUCCGGGACUGACAAUUGACUGGCAAUCCCACGCCGAAGUUUUAUCGAAGCAGGGCAACGCUCAACGCAGGAUAGGACAAGCCGGUCCAGGCCUGGGUUUGAGGACAGCCUUGUUUAGCUCACACCUCGACUCUCGAGUCGUCCCCAUUCCGUCUGUGAAAGAGUCGUUGAUGUCGUAACUCUGACGCGUGUGGACUCCCGUGGGCUCGCGAAAUACAACGUCGAGGCAUAGCGAAAUGGCUCAAUCGGAACGAAGAGGACGGAGCAAGGAGAGCGACAGAGAGACCGAAGGAUCAAGGAGUCUGCGGGGCGAAAGCAGGGGCUCUGAAGACAUACAACGGCGACGGCGAAGCAGUGAUAAGGAGGAGGAUACUCGUCGCAGCUCAGGUCGAGAUGAAUACGCUUCACGACGGAAGUCAUAUCGGCGCUCAUCUAGGUCGCCACAACGCUCCCGUCACCGCGGCGAGCCGCGGAACUAUUCACGGUCCUCAUCAUCCUCGGGACGCAGGUCUCGUUCUAUCUCAUCGCCUCGGAGGUCUUCGCAGCCGUCUGCAGCUGUUCUAGCUGCGUUUGCUGCCGCCGCUCAACAGGCCAGUGCGCCACCGCGCUUUGCAGGAACAGUGGUCCAGGGGUCAGCAACGCCGAGUACAAUGACUACGUCUUACCACUCGCCAUCCAACGUUGCUGAAAAGAAGAAGUUAUUGUGGGGAAGUAAAGCCGCAGUUCCACUACCAGCGGCAACAGAGACUCAAGAGUCCGCUGCCUUGACCGCAAAUAAAUGGGAGGCCACGACGUUCAAUGAUGAUGAAACCGGCCAGAGAAAGAACAAAUUCUUGAAGUUAAUGGGGAUGGGUAAAAAUCCCAAGUGAAGUAGAGCUGCGCAUUUCCUAGAUGGAGUCCGUUGGCGGGCGAAGAGCGGACCGCCAAUAAGUGUUACGGAUGGGAAAGCAU